AUGCUCUCGAGCUCAGCACCGACAGCCAGGAUCGCCAACUCGAGCAGACUGCUCAAGCAGUCCAACCAGUUCAUCUCCCCACACUCCCUCCUCCUCCGCACCCGAUCGGCAGUCCAGCAGCGAGCCCGGAAGACCCGGACGACCCGGCCGAGCCGAUCGCCCAGCCUGCUGGCCAUCCUCACCCAGCACACCGCAUCGAAACCACCAUCGUCCUCGCCCUUCCUGCCCACCAAGUUCCGCUCAGAACACUCCAACCCGGCCAUCGACCCCGCCAAAGUCCGAUGGCGCCCGCCGCUGCUCAAGGCCCAGGCCCGGGCCAUGAUCUGCAAACAGGCCUUCCACUGGCGCAUCCUCAGAUACAUCUUCAACCUCUCCGCCGACGCCCUCGACCCGCAGAAGACGCCCCGCGAGAGCCUCCCCCGCUCGACCCGCAACCUGCUCGCCCAGAAACCCAACUUCUACGACGGCUCCCUCACCCUCCACGAGUUCGCCCAGAUCCCCGCCGACCCCGUCCCGAGACUCGUCGAGCUGCUCGGCGGCCCCGAGCGCCUGUCCGUCAAGGAUAAGCGCCUCCUCGGCCUCUUCCAGGCCCCCAAGGACAUCGCCAAGCCCGUCUCCAGCACCACCACUCCCGCCGAGCCCCACCAGGAUCAGCCCAUCCGCUCCAACCCUCGCUACUCCACCCCAACCCUGAUCCCACAGGCCUUCGGACCCUACAUCGGCAGACGCAAGCCGUUCAAGGGCAAGAUCCGCGAACGGCACCGGGAGGCAAAGGUCGCCGAAGUCACCCAGAAGAUGGUCAAGAUGGACGACAGAAUUCAGACCUACAGAAAGGAAUGGAGGGUUGUCAAGGAGAAAUCCAAACCGGCUCUACCCUUUUAA